UAUCACGAUAAAUUCACCUUUAAUAAAUUAUAACUUCAAACAAAUCAAAUCAAUAAAAAAAUCUAAAAAUAAAUUGUUAAUUAAUCUUAAUAGUUUAUAAUAUAUAUAUUUUCCAUUAAAUUUUUUUUGUAAUAUAUUCCCUUUUGUUUUUUUUUUUCCUACCCAUAAAGUUUCUUUAAAAAAGAUAUAAAAUAAAAUAAAAAAUAAAAAAUAAAAAAUAAAAUAAAAAUUAAUUUUGUCUUUACUAUUUUAUAUAUUCAAUAUAUACACAUAUACAAAUAAAAAAUGUCAGAUUAUAUGUUAAAUGAUGAUUCUCAAGAUAAUUACAAUGGCGAUAUAACACAAGAAGAUGUUUGGACAGUUAUCAGUGCAUAUUUUCAAGAAAAAGGUUUAGUUAGACAACAAUUAGAUUCAUUUGAUGAAUUUAUUCAAAAUACAAUGCAAGAAAUUAUUGAUGAAUCACCACCAAUUACAUUAAGACCUGAAGCUCAACAUCAUCCAGGUCAAACACAAAUUCAAAAUACAGUAUCAACCUUUUCAGUUAAAUUUGGACAAAUUUAUUUAAGUAAACCAACAGCAGAAAUCGAUGGUGUAUCACAACAAGUCACACCAAACCAAGCAAGAAUCAGAAAUUUAACCUAUUCAGCCCCAUUAUUUGUUGAUAUCACUAAAACUGUUAUGACUGGCCCAAAAGGAAAAAUCGAAGAACAACGUCGUAAUGAUGAAUUAUUAAAAAGAGUUUUUAUUGGUAAAGUCCCAAUUAUGUUACGUUCACAGUAUUGUAUGUUAUAUGAAGCAACUGAUAGAGAUCUCACAACUAUGGGUGAAUGUCCAUUUGAUCAAGGUGGUUAUUUCGUUAUUAAUGGUUCUGAAAAAGUAUUAAUUGCUCAAGAAAAAAUGAACAACAAUCAUGUUUAUGUCUUUAAAAAAUCACCACCAUCAAAAUAUUCCUAUGUUGCAGAAAUUCGUUCAUGUCAAGAAACUGGUUCUCGUCCAACCUCAACAAUGUAUUUGAAAAUGUUACACAAUACAAACAAAGGUCCAGUCGGUAUCAAAGCUACCAUCCCAUAUAUCAAACAAGAUGUUCCAGUUAUUAUUGUUUUUAGAGCUUUAGGUUUUGUUGCCGAUAAAGAUAUUUUAGAACAUAUUUGCUACGAUUUCAACGAUGCCCAAAUGAUGGAUCUCAUGAGACCAUCUUUAGAAGAAUCAUUUGUCAUUCAAAGUCAAGAAGUUGCUUUGGAUUAUUUAGGUAAACGUGGUAGUACUAUUGGUACAAGGGAACAACGUAUUAAAUUUGCCCGUGAAGUUUUACAAAAAGAAAUGUUGCCACAUGUCAGUGUUGCUGAAUUUUAUGAAACCAAAAAAGCUUUCUAUUUUGGUUAUAUUGUACAUAGAUUACUUUUAGCUUCAUUAGAACGUCGUCCAUUAGAUGAUCGUGAUCAUUUUGCCAACAAACGUUUAGAUUUAGCAGGUCCACUUUUAGGUACACUUUUCAGACAAUUAUUUAAAAAACUUACUAAAGACGUUCGUCUUUAUCUUCAACGUUGUAUAGAUAAAGAUAAAGAAUUCAUUCCAUCAUCGGCUGUCAAAUCUAAAACUAUUACUAGUGGUCUUAAAUAUUCUUUAGCUACUGGUAAUUGGGGUUCAUCAAAGAGUGGUGGUACAAAGAGUGGUGUAGCUCAAGUAUUAAAUCGUCUUACUUUUGCCUCAACAUUAUCCCAUUUACGUCGUCUCAAUACACCAAUUGGUAGAGAAGGUAAAUUGGCUAAACCACGUCAACUUCAUAACACUCAUUGGGGUAUUGUUUGUCCAUCAGAAACCCCAGAAGGUCAAGCUUGUGGUCUUGUUAAGAAUCUUUCAAUGAUGUCUUAUAUUUCUGUAGGUUCUGCUUCUCAACCAAUUUUAGAGUUUCUUGAAGAAUGGACCACCGAAAAUCUCGAAGAAAUUAGUGAUCUCUCAUCCAUUUUCACUGCAACUAAAAUUUUCGUCAAUGGUAUGUGGGUUGGUAUUCAUCAUCAACCAGAUAAGCUUUUAGGUACCCUUCGUCUUCUUAGACGUUGUGGUGAUGUAUCUGUCGAAGUUUCAGUAGUUAGAGACAUUAGAGAAAAAGAAUUAAGACUUUACACUGAUCCAGGCCGUUGUUGUAGACCUCUCUUUGUAGUCCAAGAUAAUAAACUUCAAGUUAAAAAACAUCACAUCUCCAAACUUAUCAAUAAUAGUGAUGAAUAUAAAUGGCAAGAUCUUUUAAAUGAAGGUAUCAUUGAAUAUAUCGAUGCAGAAGAAGAAGAAACUGUUUUAAUUGCAAUGACACCAGACGAUUUAGUUCCAUUAGCAAAUGAACAAAUCGUUCACACCUAUACUCAUUGUGAAAUUCAUCCAUCAAUGAUUCUUGGUGUUUGUUGUUCAAUUAUUCCAUUCCCAGAUCAUAAUCAAUCACCUCGUAAUACCUAUCAAGCUGCUAUGGGUAAGCAAGCUAUGGGUGUUUACAUUACAAAUUAUCAACUACGUAUGGAUACUAUGGCUCAUGUACUCUUUUAUCCACAAAAACCUUUAGUUACAACUCGUUCAAUGGAAUAUUUACAUUUUAGAGAAUUACCAGCCGGUCAAAAUGCUUGUGUAGCUAUUGCUUGUUACUCUGGUUACAAUCAAGAAGAUUCUGUAAUUCUUAAUCAAUCUGCUAUCGAUCGUGGUUUAUUCCGUUCAAUGUUUUAUCGUGCAUAUAAAGAUGAACAAAAGAAACAAACAUCACUCAUGGAAGAGCAAUUUGAAAAACCAGAUCGUGAUACUUGUGCUGGUAUGCGUCAUGGUUCCUAUGAAAAAAUUGAUGAAGAUGGUUUGGUUGCCCCAGGUGUCCGUGUUGCUGGUGAUGAUAUUAUCAUUGGUAAAACAACUCCAUUACCACCACAAGAGGAUGAUUUAGGUCCAAAAACCCGUCGUCACACUAAACGUGAUAGUAGUACUGCACUUCGUUCAUCUGAAAAUGGUAUUGUUGAUCAAGUCAUUCUUACCACCAGCGGUGAAGGUUUUAAAUUCUGUAAAGUUAGAGUUCGUUCAAUGAGAGUACCACAAAUUGGUGAUAAAUUCUCUUCACGUCAUGGUCAAAAAGGUACUUGUGGUAUGGCUUAUCGUCAAGAAGAUUUACCAUGGACUGUAGAAGGUAUUGUUCCAGAUAUUGUUGUAAAUCCACACGCUAUUCCAUCUCGUAUGACUAUUGGUCAAUUAAUUGAAUGUCUUUUAGGUAAAGUUUCUGCCUCAACUGGUGAUGAAGGUGAUGCCACUCCAUUCACUGAUGUUACUGUAGAAGCUAUUUCACAAGCUCUUCACAAAGUUGGUUAUCAAAUGACUGGUCACGAAGUUAUGUAUAAUGGUCACACUGGUCGUCGUAUGGAUGCUCAAAUUUUCAUUGGUCCAACCUAUUACCAACGUCUUAAACAUAUGGUAGAUGAUAAAAUUCACAGUCGUUCAAGAGGUCCAGUUCAAAUUCUUACUCGUCAACCAGUAGAAGGUCGUUCAAGAGAUGGUGGUCUUCGUUUCGGUGAGAUGGAAAGAGAUUGUAUGAUUUCCCAUGGUUCAGCAGCUUUCCUUAGAGAAAGAUUAUUCGAUCAAUCAGAUCAUUAUCGUGUACAUGUAUGCGAUAUUUGUGGUCUUAUCGCCAUUGCAAAUUUAAAGAAGAAUUCAUUCGAAUGUCGUAGAUGUAAGAACAAAACUCAAAUUUCACAAGUCAGAAUGCCAUAUGCCGCAAAAUUGCUUUUCCAAGAGCUUAUGAGUAUGAGUAUUGCUCCGCGUAUGUUCUAAAGUUUCACAAUAAACUUAUAGCUAACUAGAAGAUUCCUAUAUAAAUGGUUAUAUAGAUUCAAAAAAAAAAAAAAAAAAAAAAAAAAAUUAAAAUUUUUAAUUUUAAACAACAACCUGUAUAAUCAAAAAAGAAAACAAACAAAAAAAUUAAAUAAAUAAAAUAAUAAAAAAAAUUUAAAAAUUAAUUAUAAAACUUAUUAUUAUUUUUAAAACUAAAAUAAUAAAUAAGAAAAU